CAGCUGAUCGUCAAUUUUCUAGUUUAUAAACAAUUCUAUAACUAACGCCGAUUAAAGCAUUAUAAUGUCAACAAAUGGUAUUGAACCGGUUGCUAAAAAGCCGAAGGUAGAGCCAAAGCUAGCCGCAAAUGGCAAGGUGAAGGAAGAGCAUGAUGAAUAUGAACUUGAACCGUCUGCAUUUAAUCCAAAGUAUCGUGUUUGUCCAUAUCUGGAUACGAUUAAUCGCCACUUACUGGAUUUUGAUUUUGAAAAGUUAUGUUCAAUCUCGCUAACCCGCAUAAACGUUUACGCCUGUCUUGUGUGCGGCAAAUAUUUCCAAGGGCGCGGCACAAAUACGCACGCUUACACACAUUCCGUAUCGGAGGCGCAUCAUGUUUUUCUCAAUCUACAAACAUUACGUUUCUACUGUCUGCCAGAUAAUUAUGAAAUUAUUGACUCCUCGCUAGACGACAUCAAAUAUGUACUGAACCCCACUUUUGAACCCAAAGAUAUAAGACAGCUGGAUCGCUCCGAACCGAAGUACUCACGCACAGUCGACGGCACGCUUUAUCUACCCGGUGUUGUGGGCUUAAAUAACAUAAAAGCGAACGACUACUGUAACGUGGUGCUGCACGCGCUAUCACACGUGGGUCCUUUACGUGAUUACUACUUGCGUGAACAGAAUUAUGCGAAAAUAAAAAGACCACCUGGUGAUUCUAUCUUUAACCUAGUGCAACGUUUCGGUGAACUUAUGCGAAAAAUGUGGAACCCACGAAAUUUUAAAGCACACGUGUCGCCGCACGAAAUGUUGCAGGCGGUAGUGUUGUGGUCUAAUAAGAGCUUUCAAAUAACGGAACAAGGUGAUCCUAUUGAUUUUCUAUCUUGGUUCUUGCACACACUACAUCGUGCACUGAAAGGCAACAAAAAGCCCGAUUCUUCAAUCAUACACAAAAUCUUUUUGGGUGAAAUGAAAAUUUAUACGCGCAAAAUUCCGCCGGUAGAGCUGGAUGAUACGCAGAAAUCAUUACUUUUAGCUACAGAGGAAUAUCAGGAGAAAUGUGAAGAUUCUAAUUUUCUAUACCUGACAUGCGACUUGCCCCCGCCACCGCUGUUCACCGACGAGUUCCGCGAAAAUAUCAUACCACAAGUGAACCUUUAUCAAUUACUCGCAAAGUUUAAUGGAACGACCGAAAAAGAGUAUAACACGUAUAAAGACAAUUUUUUGAAGCGCUUCGAAAUCACGCGUUUGCCACAAUAUAUUAUACUAUAUAUCAAACGUUUCACGAAGAAUACGUUCUUCCUGGAGAAGAAUCCCACCAUUGUCAAUUUUCCGAUUAAAAACGUGGAUUUUGGCGAUAUUUUGUCAAUGAAGAAUCGUGAACAACUCAAAAAUACCAAAUAUAAUUUGGUAGCAAAUAUCGUGCAUGAUGGUGAGCCGAAAAAGGGCACUUAUCGUGCGCAUAUUUUGCACAAAGCCAACGGUCAGUGGUAUGAAAUGCAAGAUUUGCAUGUAACGGAAAUUUUGCCACCCAUGAUCACGCUUACAGAGUCAUACAUACAGAUUUAUGAACAAAAUAACGAUUGAUCCAAUGUACCAUGUGUAUGUAAAUUGAAAUCUACUUAGUUAAGUGAAUAUUAA